AAACUCCGAAAACUUCUACAUCCUACACCUAACUUCACUUUUAUUAUUGUUAUUAAUUAAUUAUAUUAUUGAAGUAAAUAAAUAGCUCAUCUGCUUUCCAGUUCCACUACCUAACAGUAAUGGCCAAAUUGUAAACGAUGAAAAGUCCAAAACGAACAUACCCUACGCAAAGUCAGAUAGCAAAACUCAUAAGACUUAUUGCAGAGAACCCCCAAUUGGUGAGCUAUAAGGCUUCUCAGGAUUUUAACUACCAGGACUCACAACGUCUGUGGCAAUUCAUCACCAACCAAUGCAACGCACUGCCUGGCGCCAGGAAAACAUGGAAACAGUGGCGAAGAACAUUCCAUGACAUAAGAACUAAAUCAAAACGAAGACAAAAAGAAAUGAAUGGUGAAAUACCAUAUUCAGCUCGGAAAUUCAGUCCAUUGGAACAGGAGCUGCUGGGCUACAAUCUGGAGUUCAGCACCCAGGCCGCCAUGAGACCACGAGACCAUGAACAAGAUACGCUAGAAACUAAUUACACUGAAGACUCAAACUCAGAUGAAACACAAUCACCUCCUGAAACAAAAACCUUCCAAAAGCACAGAACAGUACGGAAAAUAAUUAAUAAGCGGAGAACAUACUCUACAAAUCAACUCAAUAGUUGUCUUUCAAGCUGUGAUUUCCUUGCAACACAGGAGCAGGAGAAAAUUAGAAUAAAAGAGGAUUAUUUAAACUUCAAAAAGGAUUAUUUUAGAGAAAAAUUGAAGGUUUUGAAAGAGCAAACUGAAGCACUGAAAAGUAUUGCUAGGAAUCUUGCUAAGUAAUUAGAAUUUUUUAUGGCUUUUAAGUGAAUAGAAUAGGUAUAUUUUUAUAUUUUAUUUGGAAUAUUUCAAAAUAUUCAUUAAGUAUAAUUAGUUAAUACAGCAAACGAUACAGUUUUUGUAUUCUAAGUUCUAGUUCUAACACGGGCAAAGUUCAGGUGGAAUUCGUGCUAGAAGUGUGUUUAAUAAUGAAGUUAAUGAAUGAAUAUUGCAAAAUGCAAGUCGACUGCUGCUAUUUUUAUUGCCAGUUAUUUAAAAAUGAGUAAGGUCAUUCUUCUGAAGAUAAAUUUGUUUCACAGACUAUAAAUUAGGUGUCAGUGUCGUGUCAGCAGACUAAUAUUUUACAACUCAAGGAGUGAGCGAUGAGUGACAGUGCUAAACAAAACACCAAAGUAAAUAAAAUAAAACAUGUUUUAUUUUUAUCAAUUUCCAUAGGUGUUUAUGUAGUUAUUUUAACUUCAGAGUGCUCGAGUGAUAAAAUACAAUUUCUUCUCAAUUAUUUAAAAUAUAUAAAAGGAAUAGACAGCUGAAUUAGUUUUUUAUUUGUUACUUCUUUAUCUACUUCAUUUGCGAAAAUAAUGAAUACUUAAAGGUAAUUGUAAAUGAUGGAUACAAACAAAACGGUUUACACCACGCAAAUUCAGAAAAGGAAACUUAUUAGACUUAUCACGCAGAACCCCCAGUUGGUGCACUUUAAGGCAUCCCAGGAUUUUAACUUUAAGGACUCACAACGAUUGUGGAAAUCCAUUACUAACCAAUGUAAUGCACUCCCCGGGGCUAGGAAGACUUGGAAACAGUGGCGGAAAACAUUUCAGGAUAUUAGAGCUAAAGCGAAAAUACGGCAAAAAGAAAUGAACGGGGAAAUACCGGCAUCAGCCAGAUUCUUCACUCCGUUGGAGCAAGAGGUUAUGGGGUACACAUUGGGAAAAGGCAGCCAGGAUUUGUCUGAAUCUCAAGAACAUGACCUCUACACUUCAAAACAAGAACAAAUGAUGCUAGAGACUAAUCACAUAGAAGAAAUAAACUUAGUUGAACUGCAAACCGAUGAAACAAAGUCACCAUCAAAAGUAACCCCAAAGCAAAGAAUCAUUCAAAAAAUGUCAAAUGCAUCAAGGUCUCGUAACAAGAAUAAUUCCAAUAGUUACAAUGAUCCAAGCUAUGAUUUACUCGCUACUCUAGAACAGGAGAAAAUAAAGAUAAAAGCAGAUUAUUUAAGUUUUAAAAAGGAUUAUUUGAGUGAAAAGCUGAAGCUUAUGAAAGAACAAACUGAGGCAUUGCAAAGUAUUGCUAGAGAACUUGCAAAAUAAAGUAAAGAUUUACU